AUGGACUCAAUAACAUGUUUUCUGUUAACAACACCGAUUACGGAUUCAUUUCCAACAAAUUCUAUGGCGGAAACAUCAUCAAUAAUUAUAAGGAAUAUAAGGAAUACUAGAACAUCAACAGCUACGAUAUGUACACCCUCAGAACCGAUGGAACAUACAGAUACAAAAACAACACCAUUGGUAACACAAUCAACACACAUGACAUCACCAUACACAACAUCCUCACACGGGCUGAUUGUAUGUGCACGUUCGAUGGAAUCAACAGCAAACAAAAGAAAAACCACAAUACCAAUGACACUAUCAACUGAACGAAUGGUUGACACAACACCAGCGCCGAUAGUGAUAACGAGCGCAGCAACGGAUUCAUCUACAACUUCAAAGGAAGUUGAUUUAAUACCAAGUAUAAAAUUCACAUCGACAGAAUCACCAGUGAAUUCAUCAACUAGUUCAAAAACUACAGAAAUGAACUGCACAAUAGACUCAAUUGAAAGGGUAAUGUUAAAUUCGGGAACGGCAAUAAAUACAGAUAUGGAAACAAACGCAUUAACUUCAACAGGAAGCACAAUGAAAAAUAAGAGCAAAACACUAGCAGCAGCUAAAGGUAGUCUGACAUUGACAAUUGCAGCAUCAACAUCAAUAAAAAGAAAUGAUGGUAAAAAUUCAAUGACAGUAUCAGCACCCACAGCGAAGCUCUCAACGAGCUCGGUAUUGAUAACUGCAACAACAGAACCAACAACAGAAUCAACUAUACGAAAUGAAAUACUCACAAUGUCACCAAAGAAUAUUAAGACAUGUACAUCAUCCUUUACCAAUAACAGGAUGAAAUCAUUGACACGUGUGGAAGAAAUACGCUUGACAAAAUCCACCACACUAACAAGGGACAAUGACCUAGAAUCAACAAAAUCAACAAAAUCAACAGUGUCAAGAUCAAGAAGUAAGAAGGUAGGGUCGAACAUAUCGAACAUGUUGACAAAAGAAGUGGAAAUAUGUCAAUCAACAAAUUUGACAACAACAGCUGAAAAAGAACGCAAAUCGACAGUGAUAAGAGAAGAAGAGAAAAAGAAAAUACACUUGAGGAACGAUCCAGCAUCAGUCUCACUAUCCACAUUGCCGCUACUAUCAUCAAAGACGCCGAUAAAAAUCACACCCUCAAGACAACAAGCAGAAAAAAUAGAAAUAAAUACUGCAACAACAAUUUCGAUGACUGGAACAUCAUGGGUGCCAGGAACGUUAACCGAGACAGUCCCUGAAAGAACUACGCGAACACCCACAGAGGAACCGACAUUAGUCGAUUUAAUAGACUCAAGGAUAUCAAGUUCAACAAGGUCGAUGAAAGAUCUGAGACAAUCAAACAGGUCAUCAACGAACGAUGACUCAGAAGAAUCAACAAAGUCGACUACUAAUAAGUCAAGAAUUAGGAAUAUUGAAACAACAGAGGAAUUAACUCUGCCAACAGAGUCAAAAAUUACGAGUUUGUCAAAGUUACCGUGGACGAAAGGAAGAUACUUUAAGUCACAGAAACCAAUAUCAACAAGAAAAGAACAACUGGAGUUGCUCAAUAUAACAGCGAACGAACAAUUAGAAAUUACAAAAACAGGAGAAACACAAAGAUUGGACUCAACAGAACGUAUACUAGCAACAGAAGGUUUAGAAAUGGAAGAAACAACGUCAACUGAACAAUUAAAGUCAACAAGAACAUCAAGAACCAAAAAGAUGGAACCAAAGACAACAACAGCUUCAAUAAAAGACUCAAUCAUAACAAGAUCGAAGACAAAAAUGGGUACACAACCAACAGGAGAGAAAGAGAAAGGAGAAAGGAUGGAUGAUAUUCAAAAACAACAAUAUCAAAUAACACGACGAAAAUGUGAGGAUAAAUCCAAUAUGCUCACUUCAAUUACGUUAGGGAACGAUGAUAAUAAAAAUGAGUUGUCAGUAACUAACGUCCAAAAAGAAACGACAACAACAACGACAACAUCAAGAAGAAAGAAAGAAAAUAAAAAUGAAAUGACAAUUGAAAUACAAGCUCGAACUUCAACAUCACAUGGUAAUGAAGAAGAACAGACAAGCUAUAAUAACAAGAAGAAUGGAUCAUCAAUCAUGAAGCAUCAAAAAGAGAAUGAACAUGUCAUCAACGGAGAAUGA